AUGAAAGAUUUCAUAAAAGCGUUAAAGAGUGGGACAACAAAGGAGGCGAAUGAACAACUAGAGGAGUACAAAGAGUCACGAACUCACCCUGAACGAGAUGAAGAACGGGAUGAUAUUGGAGGUGGGAGUGCACUUGCAAAUAUCCGAAUUCUAGCUAUCUAUAUCCAACGAACAUCAGUUCGACAGACUAGAUGGGAGUCGAUUUUUGAUACCUACUUCCCAAACUCACCUAAAAAGCUGAUUGAGAUUGAUGUUGAGACACGGUGGAAUUCAACCUUUCGAAUGUUACAAGAUGCUUUGAAUGCGAAAGAAGUUUUAAAUCAUUUCGUUUUUCAUGACACCUCAUUUAAACCUUUGGCCUUGAAUGAUUGGAACGAACUUGUUUAUCUUGAAAAGAUUCUGGGCAAGUUUGAGGCUUACACACUGAUGGUGUCAGAAGAUUCGCCACGCUUAUCCAAUAUUGUUUAUAUUUAUUAUGAACUUGAUGAUUUACUCCAUCAAAUUGAGGAUCGAUCGCAUGUAUUUUCAGAUAUACCCCUUUACAUCGCGCAGGCUGUGAAAGAGAGUAUUGCUAAGUAUAAUAAGUGUUAUGAUUUGAUGGGUGCAAAUCUUACUUAUUAUCUUAGUAUGGUCGCUCAACCUGCAAUCAAAAGGAGAAUUUUGGAUGAAGAUCUUGAUAGUGAAUCUGCCCAGAUGAUUAUGGAUACUAUCUCAACAUAUCUUCAUUCGCACUAUGGAGGGAAUAGGAGAAAAAUCACAUCUCCUCCUCCUAAUCCUCCUGUCGCAGAAAAAGAGCCAACCGACAAACGGCGAAGGAUCUUCGGGCAACGCAGAAUUUUGGAUAGAUUGAAGACAGCUGGAAAGUUGAAAGAACCAAAGCAACUUGAUAUCGACCUAUAUUUAGCUGAGCCAUCUAUUGAUGGUGAACAUGAACAACUUAUUGAAGAUGCACAGUGGGCUUUGAACUGGUGGCGGGUGAAUGCUCAUCAAUAUCCUUGUAUGGCUGAGGUAGCCAGGGAUUAUCUUGCAGUUCCGUGCUCUAAAGUCUCUGUUGAGCGAUCAUUCAAUACUGAAAGAGAUAUUCUUGGAGUACGUCGACAUCGUUUGAGUGGUGAAAACUUACGGGAUCCUAUGUAUUUAAAAUCUCAGAUGCACGCGCAAUAG